AUGUUCACCCCUGCUCUCCGCUCCACCGCUUCUUCCGCUCUCCGAAAUGGUGUAGCCCGCUCGGCUGCCGUGCCCGUUGCCCGCGGGAUGGCCACAACUGUUGAGGAGCGCAGGUUGCCUUCCAAGUUCGGCGGCAAAUACACAGUCACCCUCAUCCCCGGAGACGGUAUUGGCAAGGAGAUCACCAACUCUGUCAAGGACAUCUUCACCGAACUUAAGGUACCGGUGCAGUUCGAGCAGCACGACGUGUCCGGCGAGACCCCAGGUGGAGACGAGCUUUUCCAACAGGCUAUGGAGAGCUUGAAGCGGAAUAAGGUGGGACUCAAGGGUAUCCUCUUCACACCCGCCGACGCCUCGGGCCACAACUCGUGGAACGUCGCCAUGCGUCAAACACUGGACAUCUACGCCUCGGUCGUGGUCUGCAAGACCCUCCCUGGUUUCCCCACCCGCCACGACAAUGUCGACUUUGCCAUCAUCCGUGAAAACACCGAGGGAGAGUACUCGGGUCUCGAGCACCAGAGUUUCCCGGGUGUCGUGGAGAGCUUGAAGAUCUCGACGAGGGCCAAGGCGGAGCGGAUUGCGAGGUUUGCGUUCGACUUUGCCAUGAAGAACGGCCGCAAGAAGGUCACCUGCGUCCACAAAGCCAACAUCAUGAAGCUCGGUGACGGUCUCUUCCUCAACACCUGCAAGCGGAUCGCCGAGACCGAGUACGGACACACCGGUAUCGAGUUUGACUCGAUGAUUGUCGACAACACCUCCAUGCAGCUUGUUUCCAGGCCUCAGCAGUUUGAUGUUAUGGUCAUGCCCAACUUGUACGGUAACAUUGUCAGCAACAUCGGAGCUGCACUCGUCGGUGGUCCCGGUGUCGUCCCCGGCUGCAACUUUGGUCGCGAAUACGCCCUCUUCGAGCCCGGAUGUAGGCACGUCGGUAAGGACAUUAUGGGCACCAACAAGGCCAACCCCUCCGCCAUGGUUCUCUCCGCUACCAUGAUGCUGCGCCACCUCGGCCUCGAGACUCAGGCCAACACGAUCGCCUCGGCGGUGUACGAUGUGAUUCAGGAGGGCAAGGUCCGGACUGCCGACAUGCGUGGUGGUACUGCUUCGACCUCGGACUUCACCAAGGCUAUACUCGCCAAGGCUACAUAG